AGAUCUUUGCAAAAACAAGGGAUUGUGUGUAGCGUGACACAAUUGUUGUGAUUUGUUUACGUGACAUCAGAAUGACAGGUGUGAUCAGAGUGUGAUGUACUAUCAGGAAUCCGCUGGCUGAAGGAUAAUGACGCUCGUAAAAUAUGCAAUGAGCUCGUUAUUCGCGCCGUUAGCAAGAACUUCAAAGACAAGUUUGAGAGGUAACAGUGAUAAUUCUUGUCCUUUUUGCUCCUUCAGUUCACGGUUUAAUUAUUUGGUGAGAUCCAUUUUACUUUUCCCAUUAUCGCUGUGCGAUGUGAUGUCAUUCGGGCAAGCUCGGGCAAAAAUGAGAACUCAAGCUUCGCUUGGUCGAAAUUUUGCGCGCGUAUUUCAAAAGCUGAAUGCAUUAUCGUCCCUGAACUGAUGUUCAAGUGAAUUAUACACACGAAAAUGCGGGGCGAAAAAAGCUUUCCGUUUGGUUAGUGAUAUUUAUGUUUAUUUUGAAUGAUUUGCCUUUAUAUUUGGCAGCUAUGAGAUGAGUCAUAACGUUAACAGUGAUGAAUAAGAUUUCUCGCGCACUUUGUAGUCGUCAGCCUUCGUUGAACGCGGACAUGGAUCUCAGCCCUCCAUUGCGUUUUGCAAUUUCCGAAGGGUUUCUUAGUAAUUCCUUCUUCUAGAGGCUCGCGCUUUUUAGAUGUAUCGGAACAUUUUACUUGAUUUCAUUGAAGAACAAAAGACCAGCGGAUAAAUCGCUGUCCAUACCUUUCCACUGAAUAGUCAAUGUGAUUUAUCCGCUGGAAAGCACGUUUUGAACAACGUACCGCAGGACUGCAGAAUUUGACUCCUUGCUCAUGUUGUUGUUUUUUAAAAUUGUGUAAAAUUUUGAACUGAUGCUCCAGGGACUUUUACAAGGUAAUUUUGCAAAAGAAGUCUUACAUUUCUUCAAAGUCCUGGUUAUACUUUUUGGGCUUAAUGACAAAUUUUUAAAUCUAAAUGUAAAAUUUCAAAAUUUCUGUGUAAAUUAUGUUUUAGGUUUUCUAUCAAAAAAGAUGAUUGGAAACAAUAACGGUUGUAAUGGUUUCCAUGGAGAGAAUGGUCAUUCAGGAAAAAGAAAUAUCACAGUGAGUAAAAACAUUGCAUGCAUAUGAAUUAAAAAUGCAAUGCCAAAUAUUUCUUUGCAAAUACAUGUAAAAUUUAAAUAUUUUCCUUUGUUUUUUGAUAUGGUAAUACAAGAUAAUGAGUUUAUAACAAAGGAAAAUAAAAGUUAAGCUGAGGAUAAAAUUGAAACACACUACAGUUAGACACCUCUUAGCUAAGUUCAGGGUUCGCAAAUACGCCAAAUUUGGUGUAUUUUAUGCCAAAAUUGUUCAGAUGACUCCACUGAGGUUAUGAAGGGAGUCACUUCGACUCCAAAAAUUUUCAGUAACAAACAAGGAGCCACUUCGACUGUAGAAAUUUUUGGUAACAAACACAGUUUUGUCCUUACCUUUUUCGCAACAAAUACAAUUUACGUUAAUUGUAAACGUUGUAAACCUUAAUUAAAUCAUCGAAAUUAAAGAAUUAUACUCCACAACCAAACAGGAGGAGGGUAAAUUAUGAUCAAAGUUUUAUUACUCGAUGACUGCUAUCAUGAAUUUGAGCUUUCCAGGUCAGUGGACCGCCACAGCCACUUCGUUUAUCCCUCACGAUAGUGUAUACAUGCCGGGACCACGUGCUGGAAAGUCUGAUACUUGACUCCAAAUAUUCCAAAAUGACUCUAAAAUUUGUGAAGCAGAAGUCACACUGACUCCACUCAUCAAUAAAAUUUGCAAACCCUGUAAGUUCAUCUUCAGGGCUCGAAAAAAGUCCCGUCCGGUGUUCCGGGACAAAUACACUUUCAUGCUGGGCAAGUAACUUUAGAAGUUUACUUACCUAAUGGGCAAGGGUCCAGGCAAGUCAUCCUCAGGACAAAAUCAUUAUGUGGGACAAGCAAGAAGUGGCCCCGGGCUAGCAAAAUGAUGGAGCUGCUUGCCCAUAGGACAAGUUUUUUCCCAUAGGACAAGUUUUUUCCGAGUCCUGAUCUUAUUGAAGACACCAAGUCAUUUUAUUCACCAUUAAAUUUUUAAUGGAAGUAUAUUUUUUAGGAUAUAUUGUGUCUGUUUUUAAGACACUUCUUGUUUUUCCUCAUAAUAUUAUUUAAUAAAUACACUCUUGUUUCUUACUACCUUUUACUAGGUUGCAAUAGAAGGAAAUAUUGGAAGUGGGAAGACAAGUCUGUUGAAGUACUUCAAGGAAAACUCGUCAGUGGAGGUAUACUCUACAUGCAAUGUCACAAGCUUACUGGACAAUUUCUUGAUUGCAGAUUUAAUAGUAAUCAUGUCAGUGUAAUGUUGUCAUGUUAAGAAAAAAGAAAGAAAUUGGAUUAAGGAUCAGAGAUGUGACACUGAUCACUGGGCAUGGUUCUUUGCAUUUAAACACUGUUAUUAUCAUUAGUAUAUACACCCUCAGUGAUCUUGGUAAUUCAAGCAAUUUGAUUGGUUAGCUAUCUCGGACUAUGACGUUAUAUUCACCGUGCUAGGCGGUGAAUAUAAAGCAGAACAAAAUUGCUGUCUUGAACUGGGUGUUUUGCCAAAGUUUCAUAGUAAAGCCUUUUUGAAAAUACACGAAUAUCCAAGUGCUGAUGACUUUGAGGGCAAGAAAAGACUUCACGGUGUUUAAACAGCGUGAUUUAUUGUGAAGUGGUUUACUGUAGCUGACUUUUUGUACGCUCGAAGCUAUGUUUACCACUACAGAGGAAAACGAGGUUGCUUUUUCACUGUUUUGUGAUUUCGGGAUUUUCUCGCAAGACCAAUUUUGCCUAUAAAUAGAAGUUAAUUUAUGGAGAAAAGAGGAAGGCAAAUACUUCUGAAAUUGUAUGUGCCAGCAAGUUAACAAGGCAAAGAAUUUUGGAGAUAAACAACGCUCACAUUGAUCGUAGCCGCUGUUGACAGCAUUUGCAAGAAAAGCGACAAAGAAAACUUUCUCAUUCAUGGUGAGUUGACAGAAACAAAUAAAGCUCUACUUUUCUUCUCAGAAUUGGGUAGUAAUUUAAAUUUUCAGCAUUUUCUUUCGAAACCGCUGAUACUAAAGCUUACAAAACUCGAUACACAAAGAUUAAAACCAUCAUUUGCCAUGUUUGAGGAUACUGUAAAGAUCUAACUUUUGCGCAUCCACUGUUUACGGCUUCGCUUUCCCGCAUGAAUUCACCCGUCAAUCAAACUAAUUGUUUUUUAAUGGUUUCCUUUCUGAUUCUGUUGAGAUCACUUCGUGUGAAUAAUACUAAAACAAUUAUUCACCUCAGGCUCAGUUAAUAUUGUUGAAUAAUCCCCUCGACUUUGUCUCUGGGAUUAUUCAACAAUAUUAACUUCGCCUUCUGCGAAUAAUUGUUAAUUUUACCUUAUUUGUGAUAAUAUUGGUGGAUAUCUCAAGACUACUUUGAUAAAGGAAUAUUUACUUUCUAACAAGGUCAUUGAAGAGCCAGUGAAGAAAUGGCAGAAUGUUGGUGGUGCCAAUACUCUGGUAAAAAUUAGUUUUCAUAAUAGAUAAUUUUAUAUGGAAAAAAUUGAGAAUACAGUUGAACCUUCACUAAGCAGCCACCCUUUAUUAAGCAGUCAGUAAUCAAAGUCCCAUAAUGAUUGUAGAAUUAAAUAGGAAAUUGCCCUCAUAUACAACUUAAAACAAAGCAAAACCGUAAAUUUCCUUCCAACCAUAAGCCAGCCCAAUCGAUUUUGAAGCCCAAAUUUCCCUCCGUACAUAAACCCCUCCAAAUAUAAGUCACUGGACAAAAAUAAGCCCCUCAAAAAUGGCCUUUGAAAAAUAUAAGCCCUGGGGCUUAUUUUUUGGAAUUUUAUGGUAUGCUAUUAAUUUGAUAGUAUCAAGUAAUAAGGGCUUUGCCACUUGCUACUUUGGUUGUCCUGCCUACUACUGUAAAACAUUUUGACUGAGCUGCAUUGUGUUCCACAAAAAUGUGUCUCACUAUUAAUUUUGUUAUACAUUUUUUUAACAGGAUCUUAUGUACAGUGAUCCAAAGAGGUGGAGUUACUUGUUUGAGUCUUAUGUUCUUCUUACAAUGAUGGAAGUACAUCACAGGCCUCAGGUAUCAUGUCUUCCUUAAAGUCACUGAUCAAGCUAGGUUGAUUGGUGUCUUUUCAUAUUUCCUUUUCACCUGAGUUUCUAAUACUUGGGCUUUGCUCUUGUAGUGCCUCGUGGUCCCUGGUUAUUUAUUUUCACUCUUAGAUGACCAGGAAAUUCGUUUUCUUCCAUAGUUACAGGUCAAAAUGAAAUUCAGGUUGAAAUUUUUUAACCUAGGUUGAUUCUCAAUUUCCUUUGUCUUCUCGCCCCAAUUCAUGAAUGGCUAGGAGACAAAAAAAAGAGAGAAUCAACCAAGGUUAAAAAAUAAAAAUUUAACUUGAAUUUUAUUUUGACUUGUAACACAUUUAAGACAUGAUCUUACACUUAGCUACAGUCUCAGACAAAAAUAGUUGGGACACUUUAACCAAACGCUGUUUUUUUCCUUCUCGUGCUCCCCCUGUCCCUCUCAAAGUUGUUUAUCGCGUUUCAGUCACCAAACCUUGUGCACCAACAUUGAGGGGACAAGGAGACGCAAAAGUGUCCCCACAAUUUUGACUGAGACUGUAGAUUUUAUCGCAGGGCCAAAAAGAAAUUGAAUUCCAGCUUGUCAUUUUGCAAGAGAAUGACUUGCCUAGACCUUUGCCCAUUGGCCUAAUGUUGUUAAUUUCACUUGUACAGCGAGAAAAUUUGCACUGUGACACAGGAAAUUGUUUGAGCCCUGCACAUAGGUUUAGAGCUUUCCCCCUCCCCCUCCCCUAUUCUUUUCUCUAAGCACUGCCUUUAUGAAAGUGAGUUACGCCUACUUUACAAACACGCAGUAAUCACUACCUAUUAGUGAUUAUUAGGAUUUUGCCUCAUGUCCAUCUUGUAUGUUAUUGAUUGUUGACAUUUUCAAUUUCUUUGUGCCUUAGACUUCACCUGUGAGGCUCCUGGAGAGGAGUGCAUACAGUGCAAGCUUCUGCUUUAUGGAAAAUCUCCAUAGAAGGUAAACCUAUAACAUAACCAACCACUAUUUACAGCAGGUUCGUAGCCUUCUCAAAGUGUUUCAAGAAGUGUGUUGUAAGGAGAUGACUCCAGUGCUAAUCCUAGCAAGUGUUCUUAAGGAAACUAAGGGGGGUCUGGAAGCAUACCCCCCCCCCCCCCCCAUCCCUUUGUGGGGGACAAUAUGGGGUGCAUUCAGGGCAGAGCUUAGGUGAUAAAAGCUAAACAACUCAAUUAGCAGUCACUUUAAAAGGCUAAACUGUAAAAUGUGGAGAUUUAGUAGUUUGCUUUAUGUAGCUAAUAUAAUGCUACAUGUAGAAUGAAUUGAAGUAUUCUGAUUUUAGUAUCCUCCAUCAUUUUGUCUCUAUAAUUUAUUUUCUUGCAUUACUCUUUUGUUACAGUGGUACAUUGUCAACACUGGAGUACACAGUCUUUCAAGAGUGGUUUGAGUACCUCAUGUCCCAUGAGAAGCCACAUAUAGACUUAAUAGGUUUGGAGAAAGUGUUUUGUGCUGUUUUUACACCAUAAUAUUAAUAGCUAUUGGCAAGUAAGGCAUAAAUGCAUGUUCUUCCAACAAAGACAGUUUGUACAAGGUUAACAAAAACUUUCCAGUCAAUCUACUUUGAGACUGAGAACAGUGCCUUCCUCUUGUGUGUCCUUCUUUUCUAUCUUACAUGUAGCACUGUUUGGCACCAAUAAUUAACUCAAAAGCAAGCUUAAGCAACAACAAGAAUGCUUAAAUCCCAGACAUCAUAAAUAGCAACCACUUGUUUUGCUUUUUUUUUUUCUGAAGCACAGGGCUCAAAGUUUAAAUUUGACUUUGGGAGCACUUGUACUACCAGAUGUAAAUUUUUAGGCACACAGCUGAAAAUUUUAGGAGCACAGCUUAUAAUGUUGGGAGCAUCUAAUUCAAAAGAAAGAGUAAAAAGCUAAACAGUGCCACGUUUAUUUGUCAUUUUCAGUUUGUUACUUUUACUUCAGUCCAUUGAUUGAUAAAACUCAGCCGAUUUGCUACGCAAUAUUACCAUUGUGAUUUUUAAUACUGAUUUUUUUUUGGACGGUACAGUUGUGACUAAAGAAAACUUACACUUGAAAAAAAAUUCAAAACUGACAACAACCAGUGUGUCGACAAGAAUGAAAAUUAAUAUUUAAUGAUUUGUUAAAUGCGCAAUGACCUACAUGUAACUGGGAUAUGACUUUAAAACUUUCUUACCUGGGAAAAAGGCUCUUAAUCUGCACUGUUUUUUUUUUUUAUUGACCUUAAAACUGAACUUUCGACAUGAUCGUCCAUUGCGAAAAAAGCAUGUGUUUCGUUCGUAACAAAACAGAAGAGUCUGGGAUGGACUAAAACAUCAAAACGAAAAAGAACAUUUGAGUUUGUGGAAUCCAUUGGGAGAAAACACCAAUUUAUUAAACACACACCGUCUUUUCUAGCUCAAGUUCUUAAGCAUACUCGGAAGCAAGUCAGUCGCACUGUGCUUUGGGUUUUAUGGGGCACAGGUGCGAUUACACAUGAAUUUCUAGGCGCACAACCAAAAAUCCAGUAGCAUAUGUGCCCAGUUAGUCGCUAACUUUGAGCCCUGAAACAGUGUGUUAGAAUGCCUUUGUUUUAGCAAUAUUACUGUAGUAUGAUAACGAACUUUCUCAGUCAGAGCCCUGACAGAGGAAGAAGAUCAACUUUGGGUCACCAUUCUAUUGCUUCUAUUUUACUAUUGCUUUGUCUGACCCAUUUCCCACAGAAAAUUUGUCCACUUAUAGUUAUUAUUAUUGUUAGUGAUUUUGUUAUUAUUAUUGUUAUCAUUGAUGAUGGUGAUGAUGACUUCCAAUACAUUUCUAACUUUUGAGACUCUGGAAGAAAUUUUUGGGGUGAGACCUUGUAAAUAUGGCCAUACUCUGGCAUUAAUAUAAUAUUUUUUGUCUAACUAAUGUUAUGUUGACUUUUAGUAUACCUAAGAACAUCCCCUGAAAAGUGUAUGGAAAGGAUAAAGAGAAGAUCUAGAGAUGAGGAAACAUCAGUAUCAAUGGUAAGAGUUAUUUUAUUACAUUUCACAUAUUAAUUAUUGCAUCCUAGUUAACCUUUUUUGAACCAUGGUUUUAUUUUUAGCUGAUGUGAAAAAAAAGUUGUGAUGAUUUUUUUUUCUUCUUUUCUUAAAAGGAAUUACUUGAUUCUUUACAUCAGAGAUAUGAAGAAUGGCUCAUAAAAAAGAGCAAAUUUCAUGUUCCUGCCCCAGUAGUGGUAAGUGUUGCUGGCAUGGAAUGCAUUGACAUGUACAACAUAAAGAAGAUUGUGCAAAGAGAGUUGUGUGUGAUAGCACAGGCUGGUGGAGUUUUGAUCAGACUAGCAAGUUCUGUUCUUAACUUGCCUGAGUGGCAAGUAGAGGUUCUUUGGAAAUACAAUUAUAGAAGUACUUUAAGACAUAUUAUUUAAAUUCCUGGAUCAAAAGCUACUGACAGUGUGAAAUAAAAUGUUAUUACAGUUAUUUGUUCCAAUUCUGAAUAAAAUAAUAAUAGUAAAUUAAUUAUUUAUCAAUAGUACUAAUGUUAAAGUAAUUGUGCUAGCUACAGUUUGCCCAAGAGGCAAGGAGUAAAACUCACUUUCUUUGUGCCAUGGCAUUCUAUUGGUCAUCACCAUUCAUGAGUUUGAUGCAAAUGUUAAAUGCAAUUCCCAAAUAAAAUUUAACACUCCUGUAUCAGUUUUUUUUUUUUUCGUUUGCUCAAACUGUGAACUGACUGUUUGCCCAAGCAAAUGGUAACCAAAAAAAAUUUUUUUCUCCCUGUUGGAAGUGAAAUUGUUAUGUUGCUUCUUAUGUCCUCUUACAUUCUACAUUAUUUAUCUGUUUCAGGUUGUUGAUGGAAAUAGAAGCUUGAAAGAUAUGUUCCAGUUUUAUGAAACGAAUACCCAACUUCUUCUUGGUAUAAAUGGGUCAAAGAUGGAAUAAUCAAUUAUUCAUCAAAAUUUAUUAUAGAGAUUUUACAAUAAUAAUAAAAUAUAUCAUUGUUAUUAUUACUUUGGCAGUGGCACUUGUAAAUUUAAAUUUUUUUUGAGCUCCACAGUAUUCAUUAUGCAAGUUCUAUUCAGUAAUGAUUAUUUAAUUAAAUUUCUCUGAGCAUAGUAGGACCUUUUUAAAAAUGACUUUACUAUUCAUUUUAUUUGCCAUUUUAAGGCAAGCUUUCCAUUUUCAAAAGAUGAAUGAUAUUUCAGUUGGUUUGGUGCAAAACUGAUAAUUAUCAGAAGGCAAAUUUUUAUGGAAACUUUUGAUUCUAAUAAUUGUUAGAUUCAAUGUCAAUCAUAUCAUGGUUGAGGGGAAACCCAGUACCCCUCCCCUAAGCCAACAUUUUGCCCCAAGUGAUUGAAGUAAGUGUUAAUGUUGGCUUAGGGGAGGAGUAGAAGGGCAGUUUCCCAGAAACGUAUGAUGAUCCAACAACAGCUAGCCCGAGUUCUGAAGACAAUACAUUUGAGGCAAUCCAGGCUUAGUUACCAUGACAACCCAAAUAUGGCAAGUACCUUGGUUUGUAGUUAACCCAGGGCCUGGAGCGCGUUUCUCGAAAGUCCCGAUAAAUAACGGGCCCGGUAAGCUGUCUCCGUUUACAUUAAAGAUCGAGGUUUCAAUAGUUUUGCAUCUAACAUGAUAAAACUGUCAGUUAAUGAAACAAAAUGGAAACUCUUGUUUCUUACUACCUUUUACUAGGUUGCAAUAGAAGGAAAUAUUGGAAGUGGGAAGACAAGUCUGUUGAAGUACUUCAAGGAAAACUCGUCAGUGGAGGUAUACUCUACAUGCAAUGUCACAAGCUAACUGGACAAUUUCUGGAUUGCAGAUUUAAUAGCAAUCAUGUUAGUUUAAUGUUGUCAUGUUAAGAAAAAAGAAAGAAAUUGGAUUAUGGAUCAGAGAUGUGACACUGGUCACUAGGCAUGGUUCUUUGCCUUCAAACACUGUUAUAUAAUCAUUAUACAAUAUUUGUGACAAUAUUGGUGGAUAUCUCAAGGCUACUUUAAUAAAGGAAUAUUUACUUUCUAACCAGGUCAUUGAAGAGCCAGUGAAGAAAUGGCAGAAUGUUGGUGGUGCCAAUACUCUGGUAAAAAUUAGUUUUCAUAAAUAGAUAACAUUAUAUGGAAAAAAUUGAGAAUACUGUUGAACCUUCACUAAGCAGCCACCCUUUAUUAAGCAGUCAGUGAUCAAAGUCCCAAAAUGAUUGUAGAAUUUAAUAAUUUUUUUUUAAAAUUUUAUUGUAAAUCAACCCUCUGUUAAGUGGAUGCCUCUAUCAGGUGGCCAUGGCCACCUUUUGGCCAUUUCAGCGAGACGGCGAGAAUUCUCGUAUUGUUGUCACUUUUAUUAAGUGCUCAGCUCCUAUUAAAGUGCUUUAUACACCAAGUUGGCUGUAUUGGCGACUGAAUUGACAGAUGUUUUUUGGUCACUGACUUUCUACUACAUUUACUUGCCAAAAGCCAGUGAUUUUGCUGUUUCAAGUCAGAUAUUUGCUGCCAACUCAAGUAUGCUAUUAAUUUGAUAAUAUCAUAUAAAAAUCACAUAAUUAAAGGGCUUUGCCACCUGCUACUUUGGUUAUCGUGCCUACUACUGUAAAACAUUUUGACUGAGCUGCAUUGUGUUCCAUAACAAUGUGUAGCCUGCGUAGCUGGCGGUAUUGUGUACUAGGUGAGUGAGAUUUGGCGGCGGAGCCGCUGUACCAGUUAAGUGAGAGUUGGCGGCGGAGCUGCCACAAGUAGCAAAGCCAUGAGAAAUACCAAACGCCUCGUCCCCACUCCUUUUUUUGGAUUGCGGCUCUGCCGCCAAAACUUUAAUCACACAAUAUCGCCAGCUGCGCAGGCUAAACAAUGUCUCACUAUUUGUUAUUCUUUGUUUUUUAACAGGAUCUUAUGUACAGUGAUCCAAAGAGGUGGAGUUACUUGUUUGAGUCAUAUGUUCUUCUUACAAUGAUGGAAGUACAUCACAGACCUCAGGUAUCAUGUCUUCCUUAAAGUCACUGAUCAAGCACAGGUUGAUUGGUGUCUUUUCAGAUUUCCUUUUCACCUGAGUUUCUUAUACUUGGGCUUUGCUCUCGUAGUGCCUGGUGGCCCCUGGUUAUUUAUUCUCACUCUUUGAUGACCAGGAAAUUCAUUUUCUUGCAUAUAUGUUACAGGUCAAAAAGAAAUUCAGGUUGACAUUAAUUAUUUUUUUAACCUAGGUUGAUUCUCAAUUUCCUUUGUCUUCUCGCGCCGAUUCAUGAAUGGCUAGGCGACAAAAGAAAGAGAGAAAUAUCAACCGAGGUUAAAAAGUAAAAAUUUAACUUGAAUUUUAUUUUGACCUGUAACACAUAUAAGACAUGAUCUUACACUUAGCUAGAUUUUAUAGCAGGGCCAAAAAAAAUAUUGAAUUCCAGCUUGUCAUUUUGCAAGAGAAUGACUUGCCUAAACCUUUGCCCAUUGGCCUAAUGCUGUUAAUAUCACUUGUACAGCAAGAAAAUUUGCACUACGAGACAGGAAAUUGUUUGAGCCCUGCACAUAGGUUUAGAGCUUUCCCCCUCCCCCUCCCCUAUUCUCUUCUCUGAGCACUGCCUUUAUGAAAGUGAGUUACCCCUACUUUACAAACACACAGUCAGCACUACCUACAGUGUAUAUGCCACACAGUUAUUAGGAUUUUGUCUCAUGUCAAUCCAUCUUGUAUGUUAUUGAUUGUUGACAGUUUCAAUUUCAUUGUGCCUUAGACUUCACCUGUGAGGCUCCUGGAGAGGAGUGCAUACAGUGCAAGCUUCUGCUUCAUGGAAAAUCUUCAUAGAAGGUAAACCUAUAACAUAACCAAGUGCUAUUUACAGCGGGUUCGUUGCCUUCUCAAAGUGUUUCAAGAAGUAUGUUGUAAGGAGAUGACUCCAGUGCUUAUCCUAGCAAGUGUUCUUGAGGGAACUAAGGGGGGUCUGGAGGCAUUCAGGGGAGAGCUUAAGUGAUAAAAGCUAAACAACUCAAUUAUUCGUCACUUAAAAAGGCUGAACUGUAGAAUUUGGAGAUUUAGUAGUCUGCUUUAUGUAGCUAACAUAAUGGUACAUGUAGAAUGAAUUGAAGUAUUCUGAUUUUAGUAUCCUCCAUCAUUUUGUCUCUAUAAUUCAUUUUCUUGUAUUAAUCUUUCAUUACAGUGGUACAUUGUCAACACUGGAGUACACAGUCUUUCAAGAGUGGUUUGAAUACCUCAUGUCCCAUGAGAAGCCACAUAUAGACUUAAUAGGUUUGCAGAAAGUGUUUUGUGCUGUUUUUACAUCAUAAUAUUAAUAGCUACUGGCCAGUAAGGCAUAAAUGCAUGUUCUUUUGAAAAAGACAGUUUCAAUGUACAUGUACAAGGUUAACAAAAUCUUUUCAAUCAAUCUACUUUGAGACUGAGAACAGUGCCUUCCUCUUGUGUGUCCUUCUUUUCUAUCUUACAUGUAGCACUGUUUGGCACCAAUUAACUCAAAAGCAAGCUCAAGCAAAAAUCCCAGACGUCAUAAAUAGCAACCAUUUGUUUCGCUUUUUUUCUGUCUGAAACAGUGAGUUAGAAUGCCUUUGUUUUAGCAAUAUUACUGUAGUAUGAUAACGAACUUUCUGAGUCGCAGCCCCGAUAGAGGAAGAAGAUUGACUUCCGGUCACCAUUCUAUUGCUUCUAUUUUACUAUUGCUUUGUCUGACCCAUUUCCGACAGAAAAUUUGUCCACUUAUUGUUACUAUUAUUAUUAUUGUCGAUUUUGUUAUUAUUGUUGUUAUCGUUGAUGGUGGUGAUGAUGAUGACUUCCAAUACAUUUCUAACUUUUGAGACUCUGGAAGAAAUUUUGGGGUGACACCUUGUAAAUAUGGCGAUACUCUGGCAUUGAUAUAAUAUUUUUUGUCUAACUAAUGUUAUGGUGACUUUUAGUAUACCUACGAACAUCACCCGAAAAGUGUAUGGAAAGGAUAAAGAGAAGAUCUAGAGAUGAGGAAACAUCAGUAUCAAUGGUAAGAGUUAUUUUAUUACAUUUCCAACCUUUUUUGAACCAUGGUUUUAUUUUUAGGCGAUGUGAAAAAAAAAGUAGUGAUGAUUUUUUUUUUCUUCUUUUCUUAAAGGAAUUACUUGAUUCUUUACAUGAGAGAUAUGAAGAAUGGCUCAUAAAAAAGAGCAAAUUUCAUGUUCCUGCUCCAGUAGUGGUAAGUGUUGCUGGCAUGGAAUGUAUUAAAGAAGAUUGUGCAAAGAGAGUUGUGUGUGAUAGCACGGGGCCAGUGGAGUUUUCGAUCAGACUAGCAAGUUCUGUUCUUAACUUGCCUGACUGGCAAGUAGAGGUUCUUUGGAAAUUACUAUAGAAGUACUUUAAGACAAAUUAUUUAAAUUCCUGGAUCAAAAGCUACUGACAGUGUGAAAUAAAAUGUUACUACAGUUAUUGUUCCAAUUCUGAAUAAAUAAUAGUAAAUUAAUUAUUUAUUAAUAGUACUAAUUUUCUGGGCUCGUUAAAGUAACUGUCAGGCUUUAAUAAACGUGCUAGCUACAGUUUGCCCAAGGGGCAAGGAGUAAAACUCACUUUCUUUGUGCCAUGGCAUUCUAUUGGUCAUCACCAUUCAUGAGUUUGAUGCAAAUGUUAAAUGCAAUUCCCCCCAAAAAUUUACCAUUCCUGUAUUUUUUUUUUCCGUUUGCUCAAACUGUGAACUGACUGGUUGCCCAAGCAAAUGGUAACCAAAAAAAAUAUUUUCUCCCUGUUGGAAGUAAAAUUAUUAUGUUGCUUGUUAUGUCCACUUAAAUUAUACAUUAUUUAUCUAUUUCAGGUUGUUGAUGGAAAUAGAAGCUUGAAAGACAUGUUCCAGUUUUAUGAAACGAAUACCCAACUUCUUCUUGGUAUAAAUGGCUCAAAGAUGGAAUAAUCAAUUAUUAAUCAAAAUUUAUUAUAGAGAUUUUACAAUAAUAAUAAAAUAUACCGUAAAAUUCCGAAAAUAAGCCCCUCCAUGUAUAAGCCCCUCCAAAUAUAAGCCCCCCAAAAUCGUAACGCAAAAAACCCUCCGUUAAAUCGCCCCUCCGAAUAUAAGCCCCCCGGGGGGCUUGUACUUGGAAUUUGCCCUCAAAUACAAAGUAAAACAAAGCAAAAAUGGUAAAUUUCCUUCCCACUGCAAGCUACCCCAAUCGAUUUUCAAACACAAAUUUCCCUCCGUAGAUAAGCCCCUCGGAAUAUAAGCCCCUCCAAAAAUAAGCCCCUCAAAAAGGGCCUUUGAAAAAUAUAAGCCCGGGGGCUUAUUUUCGGAAUUUUACGGUAUUAUUGUUAUUAUUACUUUGGCAGUGGCACUUGUAAAUUUAAAAUAUUUUUGAGCUCCACAGUAUUCAUUAUGCAAGUUCUAUUCAGUAAUGAUUAUGUAAUUAAAUUUCUCUGAGCAUAUAAAGUAGGACCUUUUUAAAAAUGACUUUACCAUUCAUUUAAUUUGCCAUUUUCUUUAUUUAAGGCAAGCUUUCCAUUUUCAAAAGAUGAAUGAUGUUUCAGUUGGUUUGAUGCAAAACUGAUGAUUAUCAGAAGGCAAAUUUUUAUGUAAACUUUUGAUUCUAAUUGUUAGAUUCAAUGUCAAUCGAAUCAUGGUUGUGGGGAAACCCAGUAUGGUUGAAAAUACUUGGAAACUGCCCACCUACCCCUCCCCUAAGCCAACAUUUUGCCCCAAGUGAUUGAAGUAAGUGUUAAUGUUGGCUUAGGGGAGGAGUAGAAGGGCAGCUUCCCAGAAACGUAUAAUGAUCCAACAACAGCUAGCCCGAGUUCUGAAGACAUUAAAUUUGAGGCAAUCCAGGCUUAGUUACCAUGACAACCCAAAUAUGGCAAGUACCUUGGUUUGUAGUUAACCCAGGGCCUGGUUCCUUGAAAGAUGGUUACAGUUUGUAAGAUUAGCUUAUAAUAUGAUGGUGAGCCUUAACUCCAAAAUUACUCUACAAAGUUCCAAAGUUACUCCCUGAAACCCUAUUUAGUGAGAUAUUCAAAUUUUAGUCUUGGAUUAGCACUUAUGAGCCUUUCAGGAACUAAGCCCUAGACUAUUGUUAACUAUCCAUUGAGCAAUUUGGUGAUGGAUCCAGAUUUAUAAACCCAUUUUACUCAAGAUGUAUGCAGUUGCUAUAAAGUACUGUUUCUUAACAAUACCUUUUUUUUAUUAAUCAAUGGAUAGGAUUCUUGACUCCAGCCCCUUUUUCAUCCAUUUACACAAUGAUAAAAGUACCAACUUUCCUAUCCUUUGGGAAAGGGUCACUGAUGACUACACUUUUGUAACUUCAAUUCCUGAUUUGGUCAUAUUUCUAUACUGCAUCUUAAAAAAAACUCUUUAAAAACAAUACCCUUCCUAGCUCAUAGCUUUCACAUCAUUAGACAUAGAAGGAGGCAGCGUGGCUGAGUGGUCAUUGCGUUGGACUCACAAUCCGGCGGUCCCGGGUCACCACUAGCUGGAUUUGUUCCUCGAUUGUCCCAAGUUCAAGCCCUCGGCCACACUUGUAAAUAGCCAACUGGUUGCCUCCUGCCAGUUGGGGUUUUUAACGCUGUCAUUUGUAUUUGAAUUAUUUGUUUCUAAGUAUUUAAGUGGUGCGCCUGUAAACUAGCUGGAUAAGCUAAGUGCACCUUUCACUGUAAACAAGCCUUUAACCUUUUUUUUAACCUUUAGUAGAUCACCUCUCCACAUCCUUUUGAAGUGAAACCCACCGUACAUGAAUUUUAUUCUUCUACUUUGAGCACAAGAAGUGGAUAAAAUGUUACCAAAGUUAAAAUGCUUUAAAAUUUUGGCUCCUUUAGAAACCUUGCAGUCUUAUUGAAGAUCUCUUAUUUCUUACGUUCAACAGACAACGAUGUAGAUAUCAAUAAUUUUGUAGCUUAAUAUUCAUUAGAUUUUGUCAAUAAAANGAAAAUAAGCCCCUCCAUGUAUAAGCCCCUCCAAAUAUAAGCCCCCCAAAAUCGUAACGCAAAAAACCCUCCGUUAAAUCGCCCCUCCGAAUAUAAGCCCCCCGGGGGGCUUGUACUUGGAAUUUGCCCUCAAAUACAAAGUAAAACAAAGCAAAAAUGGUAAAUUUCCUUCCCACUGCAAGCUACCCCAAUCGAUUUUCAAACACAAAUUUCCCUCCGUAGAUAAGCCCCUCGGAAUAUAAGCCCCUCCAAAAAUAAGCCCCUCAAAAAGGGCCUUUGAAAAAUAUAAGCCCGGGGGCUUAUUUUCGGAAUUUUACGGUAUUAUUGUUAUUAUUACUUUGGCAGUGGCACUUGUAAAUUUAAAAUAUUUUUGAGCUCCACAGUAUUCAUUAUGCAAGUUCUAUUCAGUAAUGAUUAUGUAAUUAAAUUUCUCUGAGCAUAUAAAGUAGGACCUUUUUAAAAAUGACUUUACCAUUCAUUUAAUUUGCCAUUUUCUUUAUUUAAGGCAAGCUUUCCAUUUUCAAAAGAUGAAUGAUGUUUCAGUUGGUUUGAUGCAAAACUGAUGAUUAUCAGAAGGCAAAUUUUUAUGUAAACUUUUGAUUCUAAUUGUUAGAUUCAAUGUCAAUCGAAUCAUGGUUGUGGGGAAACCCAGUAUGGUUGAAAAUACUUGGAAACUGCCCACCUACCCCUCCCCUAAGCCAACAUUUUGCCCCAAGUGAUUGAAGUAAGUGUUAAUGUUGGCUUAGGGGAGGAGUAGAAGGGCAGCUUCCCAGAAACGUAUAAUGAUCCAACAACAGCUAGCCCGAGUUCUGAAGACAUUAAAUUUGAGGCAAUCCAGGCUUAGUUACCAUGACAACCCAAAUAUGGCAAGUACCUUGGUUUGUAGUUAACCCAGGGCCUGGUUCCUUGAAAGAUGGUUACAGUUUGUAAGAUUAGCUUAUAAUAUGAUGGUGAGCCUUAACUCCAAAAUUACUCUACAAAGUUCCAAAGUUACUCCCUGAAACCCUAUUUAGUGAGAUAUUCAAAUUUUAGUCUUGGAUUAGCACUUAUGAGCCUUUCAGGAACUAAGCCCUAGACUAUUGUUAACUAUCCAUUGAGCAAUUUGGUGAUGGAUCCAGAUUUAUAAACCCAUUUUACUCAAGAUGUAUGCAGUUGCUAUAAAGUACUGUUUCUUAACAAUACCUUUUUUUUAUUAAUCAAUGGAUAGGAUUCUUGACUCCAGCCCCUUUUUCAUCCAUUUACACAAUGAUAAAAGUACCAACUUUCCUAUCCUUUGGGAAAGGGUCACUGAUGACUACACUUUUGUAACUUCAAUUCCUGAUUUGGUCAUAUUUCUAUACUGCAUCUUAAAAAAAACUCUUUAAAAACAAUACCCUUCCUAGCUCAUAGCUUUCACAUCAUUAGACAUAGAAGGAGGCAGCGUGGCUGAGUGGUCAUUGCGUUGGACUCACAAUCCGGCGGUCCCGGGUCACCACUAGCUGGAUUUGUUCCUCGAUUGUCCCAAGUUCAAGCCCUCGGCCACACUUGUAAAUAGCCAACUGGUUGCCUCCUGCCAGUUGGGGUUUUUAACGCUGUCAUUUGUAUUUGAAUUAUUUGUUUCUAAGUAUUUAAGUGGUGCGCCUGUAAACUAGCUGGAUAAGCUAAGUGCACCUUUCACUGUAAACAAGCCUUUAACCUUUUUUUUAACCUUUAGUAGAUCACCUCUCCACAUCCUUUUGAAGUGAAACCCACCGUACAUGAAUUUUAUUCUUCUACUUUGAGCACAAGAAGUGGAUAAAAUGUUACCAAAGUUAAAAUGCUUUAAAAUUUUGGCUCCUUUAGAAACCUUGCAGUCUUAUUGAAGAUCUCUUAUUUCUUACGUUCAACAGACAACGAUGUAGAUAUCAAUAAUUUUGUAGCUUAAUAUUCAUUAGAUUUUGUCAAUAAAACACUUAAUUGAUCCAAUCAAAAUCAAUCUUUGAUUAGACUGCCUUGAAAAUCACUUGUUCUUUAAAAGAGCUUCAACUUUUUGAUCUCGUUGUUUUAAAAACUCAUAACACCUAAUACCCUAGCCUGUUGACAGACCAGCCCCCCCCCUGCCUACCCCCGUCCCCGCCGCCCUUAGUAAAAAUCGGAGAAGGGCGUCUGUGAUUUACCGUUGCCAAUUGUGUAUGGAGACCACGUGAUUUUUCCCGGAAUCUGUGGAAAAUGAUUUGAUCGGCUGUAGCCUGCGUAGUAAGCGUUUCCGAUUGCGCCACUUUUCUCGCGGUCUUUGAUUCUCGUUCCUCGUUCUCUUCUCCUAAACCGCACAGAAACGCUUGCUACGCACGCUAGAUUGGCUGUUACUCUCCGAUUUUUACUGAGGGGAUAGGUAGGGGGUCNAUGCUUUAAAAUUUUGGCUCCUUUAGAAACCUUGCAGUCUUAUUGAAGAUCUCUUAUUUCUUACGUUCAACAGACAACGAUGUAGAUAUCAAUAAUUUUGUAGCUUAAUAUUCAUUAGAUUUUGUCAAUAAAACACUUAAUUGAUCCAAUCAAAAUCAAUCUUUGAUUAGACUGCCUUGAAAAUCACUUGUUCUUUAAAAGAGCUUCAACUUUUUGAUCUCGUUGUUUUAAAAACUCAUAACACCUAAUAC